AUCCCUUUAAAUUGGCUAUUUGGUGCAAAUUCUUGAUGACUCUCACUUGUCUCAUGGGCUAACCUUUGAGGUCCAAGUCGUAAAACAAACACGAUAAGAAACUUAAAAGACCACUCAUUUUCAACGCCACUUUCAUAAACUGUCCCUUUAUUUGGUGCAAAUUCUUUAUGACCCUCGUUUGUCUCAUGGGCUAACUUUCGAGGUACAACUCGUAGGGCAAGCACAAUAAGAAACUUAAAAAACCACUCAUUUUCAAUGCUAUUCUGUAAAUCAUCCCUUUAAAAUUGGCUAUUUGCUGCAAAUUCUUGAUGACCCCUGCUUGUCUUAUGGGCUAACUUUCGAGGUUCAACUCGUAGGGCAAACAUGAUAAAAAACUUAAAAAGAUCACUCAUUUUUAACUCCAUUAUCGUAAAUUGUCCCUUUAAAAUUGGCUAUUUGGUGCAAAUUCUUGCUGAGUACUGGCCCCAAAAAAGACAAAGUCACGUGCUGUGGGACCCAUAGGUUCACAAAGAUCACGUGACUGUGACAGCUAGUUUGUUUCUGAGUUCUUUUGACUUUCUUCCACUUGUGUUUGCCACUGCCGCAGUUUUAGCAAACAACAUUGUGCAGGUAUGUCGACGGUAAGCAUUCCUUCAGGUUCUUUGCUCAAAGUUGCACCAUCAAUUAGAUCCUCAACCUUUUCCAAGUCCCAAGUCUCUUUACGUUCCAUAAAGAGCGUUUCUAAAGCAUUUGGCUUGAAGUCGUCGUCCUCCUUCAAAGUCUCUGCAAUGGCAACGUACAAGGUGAAACUGAUCGACCGUGAUGGUAACGAGAAUGAAAUUGAAGUAGCCGAUGAUCAAUACAUCCUCGAUGCAGUGGAGGAAGAUGGAAUGGAGCUGCCUUACUCAUGCAGGGCUGGUUCUUGCUGUACUUGUGCUGGCCAGUUGGUUUCUGGAUCAGUUGACCAAUCCGAAGGUGCAUUUCUCGACGAUGAUCAAAUGGAGAAGGGCUACUUGCUGACUUGUAUUUCAUAUCCGAGAUCCGACUGUGUUAUUCACACACAUAAAGAAGAAGACGUCGUUUGAAAAUGUUCGAGUUUAUUUUUCUUCGAGGGGACCUCGAAAAUUGAAGAGUGGCACAAAUCUUGUGCCAUAAACGUGGAAAAGAAAUAAAUCAAGAAACUGUAUGCUAAUGGUGAUGAUAUCUGUGUCUGGUUUAUGGCACAAUGUUGCAAUUUGUUUUUUGGCAAACGUCAUAUCGAUUUAUAUGCGCAUAGUGGGAGCUUUAAUGCACCGGGCUGCCGUUUAUCCAUUUGAAAACUGUUGAACUUGGGUUUAUUGAACAUGUUUGAUGCUUUAUCAGAGUUUUGGUGUUUGUUCACUAUGGAUGAUAUUUUCUAUAUUAGAAGUUUGACUCA